GCUACGAUUCCGCCGGAUUUGGAGAAGAGCACUGAGUCGCGCAAUAGGCAUGUUAGGCUCAUGAAGGUCGGUUUUAUUCCCAAUGGCGGACAAUCAGCCCUCUCCCGAUUACUCCCGCCCUCAGUUUCCUGCUCAUAAUGAGCCGCGGGUGUGGGUUAUCACGGCCGGGGAUUCCCCCAUCGGCAUCUCUGUGACGCGCCAGAUCUUAAUGCAUGGAGACUAUGCCCUGGUUGGACUGGCGCACUCGAGCCUGGAUCGCGAUGAAUGUCGUCGAGAUAUGUUCGAUGCUUUUCUGGCAGAAAUUGAAAGCAAUGAGGGAUGGGGGAAGCGAUUCAAGGCACUGCCUCUGGACAUAAGAAUGGUCGGCGAAUGUCAGGCCAUAGUGGCGCAAGCUGUCGCUUCAUUCGGCAGAGUAGACGUUCUUCUUUGCUGUACUAGCCAAGCCCUCAUCGGAACAGUGGAAGAGCUCUCAGCCUCGCAGCAGACGCUUAAUCUAGUCCGAGACCAGUUUGAGAGCAACUACUUCGGACCACUCAAUAUCAUUAAGGCAGCGCUGCCGCACAUGCGAAGGCAAAAGGCAGGGCACAUCACGAUCCUCUCCGGCAUCACCGCUCAUAUAGGUACACCCGGACUGGGAAUGUACUGCGCAGCCGGAUGGGCUCUCGAAGGCUUCUGCGAUAGUCUCGCAUAUGAGAUCGCUCCAUUCAACAUCAAGCUCACCAUUUUCCAAUGCAGCAUCGAGAUCGGCAUUCUCACAAACUUAGUAACCAGCGUUCCACCCAUAGGUCCCGUAUACUCAUCCGCUGCUAACCACGCGCCACUCUUCCGCGGAAUCCUGAACCGACUCGUGUCACGUCUGUCGAGCAACACGCAAUCCUCAGCGGGUUCAUCAAAUGGGUCGAACCAAGGUAACUCUAUCGAAGAUGGUCCAUUCUCGGCCUCAGAGGUCAUAUCAACGUAUCCUCCGCUAAGUUCGGCGCAUAUGGAGGUGCUGGUGAGUGAGACUGUCUAUGCUAUUACAGCUAUUGCGGGCCAUGAGAAUCCACCGUCCCGACAUAUUGUGGGGCAGGAGGGUGUGGCUAGCGUAAAGGAGAAGCUCAAGACGGUUAGUGAAGAGCUGGAGGACUUCAUUCAGGCAAGCUUUGCUGUGGAUUAUGCUGCUGAUGAGGCUGGUCGGUCGUCUAAGGAGGAGGGUAUGAUUAUGGGUAUGGGUACUGGUCAUGAGGGAUUUCAAUGAUUAUUAAGUCUUGAUGUGUUUGGAACAAUAAUAGGUAAUAUUGUGAAUGAGUUCGCUCAUGCCUAUGGUAGAGGUAUCAUGAGCGACUUGCACUCUAUUGG